UUUGCAUAGAAGUGAGGAUAUAACUGCUCAUGCAGAGAAAGCGCUUAUACUACAGUCCAGAGCAGCAGCUGCAGAGACUAGAGUUACUUCCGUGCAGAGCAUCAGUGAUUAAUCUGCAAAAAUGUCCGACAAACCAGAUAUGGCUGAAAUUGAGAAAUUUGACAAGACUAAAUUGAAGAAAACAGAAACGCAAGAGAAAAAUCCACUGCCUUCAAAAGAAACAAUUGAACAGGAGAAGCAAGCGGGUGAAUCGUAAUGAAAUCUGCCCUUCCAAAUUAUGCACUGUACAUUCCACAAGCAUUGCCUUCUUAUUUUACUUCUUUUAGCUGUUUAACUUUGUAAGAUGCAAAGAGGUUGGAUAAAGUUUAAAUGACUGUACUGCCCCUUUCACAUCAAAAAAUAGAGAGAACUACUGACACUGAAUGAAGGCGCGCUGCCUUUCCAUC